AUGGCGAGCAGUGGCGGGGUGAGGAACGGGGUGGGGCCAAGGAUGAGCGCGAAGCCGGACCGGCAGGGCUUCAGCGCCACGCCCAAGACGGCUGCGGGGAAGCAACGCCUCUCCUCCUCGGCGGCGGCGGCGGGCGGCGCGUACCGGCGCACCAGCUCGGGCCCGCUCCCCAGCCGCGCGGCGUCGGAUGGAGUUUCUAGUAGAGUAAGGGUUGCUGUAAGGCUUAGGCCUAGGAAUGCAGAAGAGUUGGCGGCAGAUGCAGAUUUCGGUGAUUGUGUUGAACUUCAGCCAGAGCUCAAAAGGUUAAAGCUUCGUAAAAAUAAUUGGGAGUCAGAAACAUACGAAUUCGAUGAAGUUCUCACAGAGUUUUCUUCACAAAAGCGAGUGUAUGAAGUUGUUGCGAAACCAGUUGUGGAGAGUGUUAUGGAGGGAUAUAAUGGUACAGUUAUGGCAUAUGGCCAGACUGGUACUGGGAAAACUUUUACACUGGGAAGACUUGGUGAAGAAGACACUGCUGCUAGGGGAAUCAUGGUUCGUGCAAUGGAGGACAUUCUAGCAGACAUAACACAUGGGACUGAUUCUGUCUCAGUAUCAUAUAUUCAGUUGUACAUGGAGAUGAUACAAGAUCUCCUUGAUCCUGUAAAUGAUAAUAUAGCCAUUGUAGAAGACCCAAGGACUGGGGAUGUUUCAUUGCCUGGAGCCACAGUAGUUGAAGUUAGAGAUCAAAAAAGCUUUGUGGACCUUCUAAGGGUGGGUGAGGCUCAUCGUGUUGCUGCAAAUACAAAGUUAAACACCGAAUCAUCUCGAAGUCAUGCGAUCCUCAUGGUGAAUGUCAGGAGGUCUGUAAAAGGUAGAACUGAAAUGGAUGUCAGCAUUUCUGGUGAAAAUGGACAUUCAUCGUCCAUGAUGGGGUCUUUGAGACCGCCUAUUGUUAGGAAAAGUAAGCUUGUAGUUGUCGACUUGGCUGGAUCAGAGCGCAUAGACAAGUCAGGAAGUGAGGGUCAUACGUUAGAAGAGGCAAAGUCUAUCAACUUGUCCUUAAGUGCUCUGGGAAAAUGCAUCAAUGCACUUGCUGAAAGCAGUCCUCAUGUACCUGUUCGUGAUUCUAAGCUUACAAGAUUGCUUAAAGAUUCAUUUGGAGGUACUGCAAGAACAUCAUUGGUUGUGACAAUUGGUCCAUCACCAAGACAUCGGGGGGAAACUACCAGUACAAUAAUGUUUGGCCAAAGGGCAAUGAAAGUUGAGAACAUGGUGAAAUUGAAGGAAGAGUUCGAUUACAAGAGCUUAUGUAGGAGACUUGAUAUUGAAUUGGAUAAAUUGAUUGCAGAAAAUGAAAGGCAGAGGAAAUAUUUUGAUGAUGAAGUUGAGAGAAUAAGAGCUGAAGCUCAAUGCCGCAUUGCUGAGGCUGAAAGGGAAUGCAAAAUCACAUUAGAGAACGAGAAAAUGAAGUAUCACCAAGAAUACUUAGACUCAAUAAGAAUAAUGGAGGAGAAGUGGAAAGUACAUCAACAAUCACCCAAGAAACAAAAUAAAGAGGCUGAGUCUACAUCCAAUAAUACCGGAGAAGUGCAUAACUUACUGCAGAAUGAGAAAAUGCUACGUCAAUCGGCUGAAGAUGAGGCCAGUGACCUCAAGAAUCAAGUAUCACACUGGAAAAAGCUGGAGGCUACAGCUACAGCUGAGGUAGUAAAACUCCGGAAAAUGCUAGAUGCUGAAGCUAGUCAGAAAGAGAAACUUGAAGAAGAAAUAGAUGUUUUGAGAAGUCAGUUAUUGCAGAUGAGUAUGGAAGCUGAUGAGACAAGGAGGAGUCUUGAUAAAGGAGAUGGGCCAGGAAAAAUAUUUCCUGGUUUAGAUUCAUUGGUGUCUCAGACUCGAGGUUCGCAACCCAGAGAGCAGAGCAAUGGACCAAAGCAACCAAUUGCCAAACUCUUUGAACAAGUUGGGUUAAAAAAGAUAUUGUCAUUGCUUGAAUCUGAAGAACCUGAUGUCCGUGUUCACGCAGUGAAAGUUGUUGCAAAUCUGGCAGCUGAAGAGGCAAAUCAGGAAAAGAUUGUAGAAGCAGGUGGCCUCACUUCCCUCCUUACGCUACUUAGGAGCUCUGAGGAUGAGACAAUUCGUAGGGUAGCAGCAGGAGCAAUUGCUAAUCUUGCAAUGAAUGAAACAAAUCAAGAUCUUAUCAUGGAUCAAGGAGGUGUAACCUUGUUGUCUAUGACAGCAUCUGAUGCAGAGGAUCCACAAACUCUUAGAAUGGUGGCUGGAGCAAUAGCUAACCUUUGUGGCAAUGACAAACUGCAAACACGGUUGCGGGGGGAAGGUGGAAUUAAAGCAUUGCUUGGGAUGGUUAGGUGUGGGCACCCUGAUGUUCUUGCUCAAGUUGCACGUGGCAUUGCAAAUUUUGCAAAAUGUGAAUCUAGAGCAGCUACUCAAGGAAAUAAGGUGGGAAAAUCACUAUUAAUCGAUGAUGGAUCACUUCCUUGGAUUGUAAAAAAUGCUAAUAAUGAAGCUGCCCCAAUUAGGCGGCACAUUGAGCUUGCACUGUGUCAUUUGGCACAACAUGAAGUAAAUUCAAAAGACAUUAUCAACGAAGGUGCCCUAUGGGAACUUGUUCGGAUUUCAAGGGACUGUUCUCGAGAAGAUAUAAGGAGAUUGGCAUAUCGGACAGUGACAUCCAGCCCCACUCUUCAAGCAGAGAUAAGGAGAUUGGGAAUAAAAAUGUGA